AUGGGAGAAAGCCACCAAUCAGAAGUCGAGGAGGAGAAAGUUCUCCGCCGGGAGCCAAUGAGAGGCUGGAGAAGUGUGCGAGCGCGAGCUCUUCGGCCAAUCCAGGGCGAGGGCGAGGGCGUCCCCCGCAGCAUUUCCGACUCCGGGGCAGGGUCUAGUGUGGCCGUUCAAUCCGGGCGUGGAGAAGGCGGGCCCCGAAGCCCGCCGGCCAAUGGGAGGCGGGCCCCGGGACGCUCCCUGCUGGUGGAGUUCUACGCCCCUUGGUGUGGCCAUUGCAAAGCUCUGGCCCCCGAGUACGCCAAAGCAGCUGCGAAGCUGAAGGCAGAAGGCUCCGAGAUCAGAUUGGCAAAGGUGGACGCCACCGAGGAGUCUGACCUAGCUCAGCAGUACGGCGUCCGCGGCUACCCCACCAUCAAGUUCUUCAAGAAUGGAGAUACUACUUCCCCAAAGGAGUAUGCAGCCGGCAGAGAAGCCGACGACAUAGUGAACUGGCUGAAGAAGCGCACGGGCCCAGCUGCCACCACCCUGUCAGACGUUGCAGCUGCAGAGUCCUUGGUGGAGUCCAGUGAGGUGGCGGUCAUCGGCUUCUUCAAGGAUGUGGAAUCGGACUUUGCCAAGCAGUUCUUGCUGGCGGCAGAAGCUGUGGAUGACAUACCGUUUGGGAUCACUUCCAACAGCGAUGUGUUCUCCAGAUAUCAGCUUGACAGAGAUGGAGUUGUCCUCUUUAAGAAGUUUGAUGAAGGCCGGAACAACUUUGAGGGGGAGGUCACCCAAGAGAACCUGCUGGACUUCAUCAAGCACAACCAGCUGCCCCUGGUCAUCGAGUUCACUGAGCAGACAGCCCCAAAGAUUUUUGGAGGUGAAAUCAAGACUCACAUCCUGCUGUUCCUGCCCAAGAGCGUGUCUGACUAUGACGGGAAACUGAGCAACUUCAAAAAAGCCGCCGAGAGCUUCAAGGGCAAGAUCCUAUUCAUCUUCAUCGAUAGCGACCACAGCGACAACCAGCGCAUCCUCGAGUUCUUCGGCCUGAAGAAGGAGGAAUGUCCAGCCGUGCGCCUCAUCACCCUGGAGGAGGAGAUGACCAAGUACAAGCCUGAGUCCGAUGAGCUGACGGCGGAGAAGAUCACGGAGUUCUGCCACCACUUCCUGGAGGGCAAGAUCAAGCCCCACCUGAUGAGCCAGGAGCUGCCUGAGGACUGGGACAAGCAGCCUGUCAAAGUGCUUGUCGGAAAGAACUUCGAAGAGGUGGCUUUUGAUGAGACAAAGAAUGUCUUUGUGGAAUUCUAUGCCCCGUGGUGCGGUCACUGCAAGCAGCUGGCUCCCAUUUGGGAUAAACUGGGGGAGACGUACAAGGAUCAUGAGGAUAUCGUCAUCGCCAAGAUGGACUCAACAGCCAACGAAGUGGAGGCAGUCAAAGUGCACAGCUUCCCGACGCUGAAGUUCUUCCCUGCCAGCACGGACAGAACGGUCAUCGAUUACAAUGGGGAGCGGACACUGGACGGUUUUAAGAAGUUCUUGGAGAGCGGUGGCCAGGACGGGGCAGGGGAUGACGAUGACCUAGAUCUGGAGGAAGCGGAAGAGCCGGACAUGGAGGAGGAUGACGAUCAGAAAGCUGCGAAAGACGAGCUGUAACGUGCAGACCAGACCUGGGCACCCCCACCCCAUGCCCCGCAGGGGCUGCACACCCAGCAGCCACACCCAGCGGCCAGGCCGCA